CUGACAAGAAUGUUUGCUGACGUAACGUUGGGUUAACUUCCCCUUCUUCACUAUGAUGGCCGACUGUGACUCCUCCCCAGAUCACACGCCUUCUCGGGAGUCGGAUUCCGCAGAGGUCAGGGCAAUAUUAUGGGGUAGACUAGGGCGACGCCUUGAAGGAGGCACCGACGAAACUCCGGCCAUUUCAGAGCAGAUGGCACCGACAUCUGGAACUGCGCGUCCGUCGUCUAUAAAGCGACCAACACGAUUAAGUGAUGAAUGGAACGAACUUCGAAGACUGCGCGGCAGCCCUGAUGGUCAGGAUAACAUUUCCAUUCCAUCGCACAGAAUGGAAAGCAGACGUUCCAUAUGGAAGAAUUUUAUAUCCCUGUGCACAAGUUUGAUGUGUGCUUUUAUAUCUUUUCUGCCGUUACGAAAUAUUCAAAGUAGUCUCUAUACCAACUACCACCUAGGUACUUUAUCACUAGCUGUGAUUUACGGAAGUUUUAUCAUCGGGUGUGUUCUGUCCUCUUGGAUUGCUCAGAAUGCCAGACCAAAAGGUCUCAUCCUCGUUUCCGUAUUCAGUCACGUGCUAUUUGUGGCGGCAAAUAUGUUCCCAUCAUUCAUCACAUUGAUUCCUGCUUCCUGUCUGUUUGGAUUUCUUCAGGCACCGUUAUGGUCGGUACAGGAACUCCUGAUUGGUAGUUACGGGACGAGUUACUCGGCUGUCACAGGAAUGAGAAUGGAGCGAUCUAUUCAACAAUUUCAGGGAGUGUUCGUUAUAUUUUGUCACUCUGCGCAAAUAUUUGGAAAUCUGUUGGAAUCGCUUGUGUUAGGUAUGGAUGAUACAACAACAAACACAAUGUUUCACGGGAACUACUCCAACUAUUUACGGGAGGAGUCCCUUGCGACAAACUGCACCUCUCCGUGCAGAACACCAAUGACAUAUUCCUAUAACGUGUUCGGGUACGAAAUCUUCCCCAACACUAUGCUGCUAGACGGAAGGUUACACCAAGUGGAGAUUCUAAAAAUAAUCUUCCUAGCUAUUGGAUGUGUUUCGGUCACUCUAGUGGGGCUUUGUUUACGAAAACCUGACAUAAUUUUGAACAAAAGGAAAAUGUGUUUAAAGGAAAAGGUUCAGGAGAGUUUAAGCUUCUUCAAGACAAAAACAUUCCUCAUGCUUGGAUUAUUGAUGAUAUUUACGGGCAUGCAACAGGGAAUCGUCAUCAAUGACGUCACAAAGGUGUACGGUACGGACGGCCUGGGUCUAUCAAUGGUGGGAUACUUCAUGAUGUGUUAUGGAACUUGCCAACUAGCAACCCUGCUUGUGUUGGAGAGGUUUCAGAAGCGAGUGAAACCUAUUAUCUUCGUCCUAAAAGGUUUCCUGAUCUCACUAGGCCUGCUGAUUCUUCUGUAUGUUUGGGAGCCUGUCGAUGAUUGUGUCUAUACCGUCCUGGGAUACAUGGCUCUUUGGGGAGCAGUGGACGCUGUCUGGCAGUCCCAGGUUCAAAAUAUCCUGGUUUCCAACGUAACACGAAAAGAGCCUGCAAUCAUUGGGUUCCGGAUCUGCCAAGGCUUCGGACUGACUGUCGUGUUCCUUGCGUCCAUUUGGCUCUCCCUACUCUACAAACUGUGUCUAGUCUGUGGCGUACUCAUCAUGGGGGUUUUGGGCUAUAUGAUCCUUGAAAUCAACAAUAACCCCAUGACCCCUCUUGAACCAAGACCGUUCAACGUCUGAGAAAUGGUACAAUUGUUUGUAGGCCUGAAGAAUGAAGAUUGCCAUAUAUCUAAGCCGGUAAGGUCCAACUAUGGUUGCUUGGAAUCGCUACUGAUGUCUUCGAUUGUGAAUCUAUUUUAGAAUCAAGAUCAUUCAGAGUCGGAUGAUCAAUUGACGGACAUAGAUAGUUAGCAUUCCUCUUGGGUCUUUAGCAACAAAAUUCUGCUAUUGAUCGGCGAGGUCGUGAUCAAUGGUUGAAAAUAACUCAUUUUCAUUUUCCCAUUUUCGUGAGUGAAAGAAGGAAAAGCGUGACCUACUUUGUUGACCGAGUUUAUAGUGAUUCAUUAUAAUAACCUAAGCCGUGAAUCUUCAAGAAGUCGUAUACGAGAAAGCAUACAUGUUAUGGCAAGACUAGCCCUCCUGAAGCAGUAAAACUGGUAUACUUGCCGAUUAUACUGGUUUUUGUCAAAGCAUUUAUCCAAUAACGGGAUUAGUUAAUUCACAAUUGGGCAUAUUAAAAAACCUUGAUUUGUGAAAUCGUACUACUUGAUAGAAUCACGACUAUCACAAGACCCCUGGUUACACUUAUACAGACGGCAUACAUUUCAACCUUUCGUGAAAGACUUUUCGAAAAUCAGGAUCUGCGUGGUCGAUAUGUUCCCAGAACCACCCGAACGUUGUCAGUGACUAUUGUUCGUUGUAUAUAUAGAAUAGAUCAAGAGCUCUUUUAUGUAUAUAUACAAUACCCAUCAUGCAUACGAUAUGCCCAGCAACAUUACUUGUGCUGGUUUUUGUUUAUUUGUAGACAAACCCAAAGGUUGUGGCAUGCUGUCCUGGCCACUCGAGAUUCCUCUUAACAUCGUUUGUUCCUCAGUUUAACUGAAAUUGUUUUAGCUUGAUCAAUUUUAGAGCGCUGACAAGCGAUAUCUUAACCAUUACUACUUACAUGGUUAUUAAAAAUAAUUUCAGGAUUUACAAUAUCACCAGAGAGAAAAUACUCGUUUCUUGAUGUAUCCAAGUGUCCAGGAAGUGAAGAGUUUGUAGUUAUCUCCUAUACCUUUGUCAUUGGACUAGAACUUCAUAUACUCAAUACCAUCGAUCAUUUUUACAAUUCUUUUACAUUAUAUUGAAUAUUUAUUGAUAUUUUGUUUCUGAUAAUUAUUACAUAUUAUUAACCUUUGAAUAUAUUUACACUGCACCCAAUAAUAAAAAGUUAGUUAUAGCCCUUGCAUUUUUUCCUCCUCUCUCACUUUUAAAUUCUUUUCCAUGUAAAGACAUAUCUGAUUUGUCUAGACUAUAUUAUUCAGAUAAACACAUCUCAUUUAUGUUUCGUUUUACUAUAGUGAUCCAGAAAUAUACAAACAGUAAUAAUCCCCUUUUGUAGGGAAGAUAAUUGAAGACCUACAAACACUGAGCGGUUGUAUUACAUUAUAGUUAUUAGGUUUACUAUGUCCUAUGAUGCAGAAUCGAGUUUCUGUAUGAGGUAUGACCGGUACUUCCCCCUAAACGGUGUUAUAUUGUAGAGCAGUUAAUUUCCCUCGACAUGUUGUGAUGGCGCUGAUGAGGCCAUGAGGUGUUAUGUUGCAGCAAGACGCCAGCUGGGUAACCAAGACUGCAUACCCACUCAACUCCUUCCAUCGAUUGACAUUUAUGUGCAGCAACGAUGUAAUGUUUUGUGUAAAUGAAUACGAAGAUGUCUCGUUAUACUACUCGACCGCUUUAAGUGUGAAAUACAUACGACGAUGGUUGUUCAGACCGCCCAGCAAUUUGCUAUCAACAUGAAGUCUCAUGAGUUAAUUAGGUAUCAUCGGUUUUACAUGUUAGCGACGCAUGUUUGUUUCAUUGACUUUAAAACAUUAUUGAAUAAUUUAAUGCCAAAUAAUAACCCAAGAAUGCAUAUUCUGUACAUAUAUCUGUAUUCAUUUGAUAAAUCACGAUAAAACACGUUUAAAUAUAUGUUACAAGUUAUUAUCCUAGGUUGUUUUCAUUUAAAUCGGGUAAAAUGAAUUUUGAUUAUAGCUUUGGCAAAUACGUAAGAAAUUGUAAAGACAGUAAAAUAUUGCACACUUGUGUACAAAAAUAAGGUUGAUGCAAUUUACACAGUGGGAAUACCCAACAAUAUCAAUGAUGGGCUUUAAAAUCCUAAAUUUAGUUCCACCCCGGCCCGUUUUCAGGAUCAAUACGGGACACUUGUUUUCUGUAUGAUAGGUAUUACGACCAAUGUGGGAUGGGUGAUUCAAACUAAGUCCUCUCCGUUUUCUGUAUGGUAUUUAAAUGAUUGGUUCAUGCUAACAAACUGUAAAUCUCAUAGAAGUCUCGACAUCAGCAAAACUCUUGUUUCCUCUUCAGGUGUAAAUAGAAGCUUGUAAAGAGAAGUAAUGCUGUAACUUUUGAGUUUUAGACACGGUUGUAGCCCAUCACACUAUUCGCACUCUGGAUAUUACAUAUUACGUGGAGGGACAAUGAAAAUUUAUAUUGAUUUUCUGCAUGUGAAUUUGCAGAAUUUGGCACAUGCUCAAAGCAUGAGAAAAGUCAUUAAAAUUAGUUGCAUGAUGUCAUGAAAGUCUUGUGUAGUGUGCCAUCUCAAGCUUGCAGUAUUUGCACUUGUGGGUUGAAAUGGAUACUGCAUUUUAUUACUUUUCAGAAUAGAUAGAACCUGCAUAUUUUGGAAUUCGAAGAAGCGUGAUUAACUAAUUACUCGUUCACAAUUAGUGAAGUGAAAUUGCACAUCAGUUUGAGGAACAAAAGAUAAAACACUUCAAUGGAUAAACAGUCGAAUAUAAAAGACAUAUUACCCCAUCGCAAUUACACAAAAAUAUCAAGAUUCGAUAACAAAAAUCAAUAGGAACAGAGGAGACAUGAAAGUUAACCAUCACAUGAGUUCAUACCAAACAGUCGAAGAUGUGUUGUGAAGAUCAAUCGGAUACAGUAUUUAAGUUGGGAGGGAUGCGACUCGUAUCAAAUAGGACAAUCUGCAUAUCACGUCACAAAAACAAAUGUGAAUUCUCAAAAAUCGAUUGAAUGUUUCUGUGACUAUAAACUUAAACAUCAAUAAGGCUUUUUGUUGGCAAUAUGAAUAUAAAUGCCUUAUCUCACCCCGAGAUCGAUAGAAGAUGGUGUAUGCUAAAAUAUCUGGUGAUUUGCAUUUCAUUGGUAAAUGGGAUUCAGCUGCAUGUAGUACAACAAUGUAUCAGACUGUAACAUACCUUACCAAUGAUAACAUCGUUAGGUUACAUUGUAUAUAUGGCUUGUCAAAAAGAGAUAUACUUUCAUAUGUACAGCUAGUAGUCUCACAUGGCUCGAUUGUGUAUUGUUAGUAUUCCUGGGAAACCUGCAAUACUUUCCGUAUAGUACUCUGCAGUAGUAGAACUGUAUCCGAUCGAAUCUGCCUUUUCCUCAAUGGAUAAAAUGGUCAUACAGCAUAGACCAUGAUAUAUAUAUGUGUGUGAAACUUAGGUAGACAUCCGAUACAUAAUCUGUCAUCUAUAAUAUAAUUAUUACUAACAAAAUUGAUUUUCACUGAGCCCGUAGAGACACUCAGCUUUGAACAACGCACUGAAUAACUGAUGAAGGUGUGAUAGUACAUAUUGUACUAGUCACACAAAUACCAUGUAUAAAUAGUUCACAUUAUGUGUAUACAAUGUAUGUACCAGUAUCUUCAGAAAAUCGGAUUAAUUAUAUAAAUAUGUCAAUGAUAGCGGAGUUUGCAAAACACGCACAUAAUAACUUAACGUUAUAUACUUUUUUUUGUAUUAUAUAUGAUCAGAUUUCCUCAUUCUUUGUCUUAAACAUGGUCAUGUGGAGGUCAAUAUUUUGAGAUUUUAACCUGACAUUUCGAUCAUUAGAAUCAACGGGCUAUAUUGCAUGUAUGACGUUAUAAUCAGUGUGACUUCACAAUACCCCAAUGAAAUGCAAUUCCAUCCUUUUGCAAACAGGUUGCAUAUCUAAUAUCAAAAUUAAAGACCUUUGAUUCGGUCAAUAUGGUGUUAUUCCGACCUAGCAGAAUCUAAAUCAUUUACCUCACCAAAGGUCCGUUAUUGAUAAAUAUUAUCAUACAUGUUACAUUAUAUAUCAACAUAUAUCAUGUUAACUAUUAACAAAUACUUUACAUAUAUGUACAUUAACAUACAUUCUAACUUAUAUGUACACAUACCACGUGGUUUAAUUGCGUAUGUAGAACGUGAUAUGUUAAUCAGAAUUAACUUUUUAGCAACUCUGAAAAGUAUGAGUAUUAUCUAGGACAGAGAUAAAUACCGAUGUAAACUUUAUAUAAAUCAAAAGUAUAAGAUUUACUGGGGAUACGGGGCGGUGUUUAGAAUAUAGUUCGGUUUGUAGAAUAUGGGUCGGUUUAAAAAAAAAAAGUCAUCAUUUUAACUUUAUCAUUUAUUGCUCAAAUAAUUCACGUAUAUAUAUACUUUUGCCAUUAAAAUACCGUGUGCCGUUAAAGUGCAUGUGUUUCACCAAUUGAUUGUUAAAUGUAAUGUGUAUCAACAUUAGCUAAUCUUAGGUCACCUUUAAAAGCUAUUUUCUGAAGUUUUCGCAGUAGUAUGGUUAUCAUGCGGCGGCUGAUUGAUAAGUUGUGAGCCUCGUAUUGAAGGAGGUACUCAAUGAUGUUCUUUUUAAGUUCUACUUUUCUCUGACUAUGUAGGGCCGUGUACCCAAGGACUGGUCUCAUUUGAUUAGUUUAUAUUGACGAGGCAGCACUCUAAAGUAAACAAAACAAGCGGCUUUUGCAAAAUGGACAAGAAAAUGAGUUCUAUAAAACUGACAUCGAGGCCAUUAAACACCGUUGGCAAAAGUGUAUAGAUACUGAAGGGGAUUAUGUUGAAAAGUAAUACAAUAGUCCGGAAAAAUUAAAAUCCUUCAAUAUGAGACUCACAACUUAUCAAUCAGCCCUCGUACCUGAUCAUUGAUUGUGUAGUUUCAAUAUGCUCAUCUUUUGUUUUUCAGUUAGAUUAUUUAUAAAAAAAAAAAAAGCAUUCUAGAUUCCGACCACACAUGUAAAACACUGCACUAUGCUUCACUCUUUUGGUAACAUAAAUGUUGCAUUGAAAUUUUGUUUUCAAUUCCCUUCGUUUUUUUUUUAUCAGAUCAUGUUUUGAAAUGCCAUCCUUAAACAUAAUAUAAAAGUUCGUAAGGAAUAUGGAAACCACUUAGGUUUUUCUAAUCAAUUCAAGACUUGGAUAUCGGAAGUUGUGUACAGACAUUUUUUUUAAAUUUGUAAUUUUCAACAACAAAAUAAAUAAAUAAAUAAAAGAAUAUCCUUUAAAAAGUUGAAACAAAUUACACAUAUUCAUUUUAAAUAUACUCGAAUCAUCUUGACAUAUCUAAGUAGAGUUAAGAGCUUACCCGCCCAAUACGAAUACUUUAAAGAAACGAGGUACCCCGUGUUCCAUAAGUACACACAUUAAAAGUAUCACAUAUACGGUGGUUAUAAAUGUAUCAUUCCUUACUUUCCCAUGGAUGAUUUAUUAUGACAUUAUUAUAUCAUUUAGUAUUCCUUAUGAUGCGUAGACAUUACUUUAUGGAACUGUAAUAUAAAAGUAAGCAUUCCUCAUUAUUUGUGAUUUAGAUAUAACACCGUCUUAUCAGAAGAUGGUGAUAUAAUGAUAUAAUGUUUUAUACAUUGUUUUCUCUCCUUUACUGAUAUUCUAGCCCCGAAUUUGUUAUUGUAUUAUAUUUUACAUGAGUUUCCGUGUCCAAUACCUCACACGAAGGUUUACUUCUUUUAAAUAUCUUUGUAUAAAAUUAUUUGUUUUCCUUUUCUCUCAGUAAUGAGCAGCUUAGUUAUAAUUUUCAUUUUUUCUCAGUUGGAUAAGAUGCUCUAUAGGCUGAACAUCCACGACUUUUUUCCACUGAUUGUCUAUCUAGUCUUUCAUUCAGAUAUUUGUCUACAAAUAUGUGUGUUGUCCAUGAAUAAAAUAGUAAAAUACCAA